AUGUCAACGUGGGGUGAGCAUUUCCGCGUCACCACUUAUGGCGAGUCGCACUGCCGCUCUGUCGGCUGCAUUGUCGACGGAUGCCCUCCAGGCAUGGAACUCACUGAGGCCGACAUCCAGCCCCAAAUGACCCGCCGUCGCCCCGGCCAGAGCGCCCUGACUACCCCGCGGGACGAGAAGGACCGAGUCGAAAUCCAAUCCGGCACAGAAUUCGGCGUCACUCUGGGCACACCAAUUGGCAUGAUUGUUCGCAACGAGGACCAGCGUCCCAAGGACUACGGCGGCAGCACAAUGGACCUGUACCCCCGCCCCAGCCAUGCUGACUUCACCUACCUCGAGAAGUACGGCGUCAAGGCCAGCAGCGGCGGUGGUCGCAGCAGUGCCCGUGAGACCAUUGGCCGCGUCGCCGCCGGCGCUAUCGCCGAAAAGUACCUGCGCCUAUCGCAUAACGUCGAAAUCGUCGCCUUCGUCUCUUCCGUCGGCAACGAGCACCUCUUCCCCCCUACCCCCGAACACCCCUCCGCCUCCACAAACCCGGAAUUCCUCAAGCUCCUCGAGACAAUCGACCGGAAAACCGUCGACUCCUACGCCCCCAUCCGCUGCCCGGAGACCGAUGCCGCGGCACGCAUGACCAAAGUCAUCGAGCACUUCCGCGACAACCACGACAGCAUCGGCGGAACCGUAACAUGCGUCAUCCGCAACGUGCCCGUCGGACUCGGCGAACCCUGCUUCGACAAGCUGGAAGCCAAGCUCGCGCACGCCAUGCUCAGCAUCCCCGCAACAAAGGGCUUCGAGAUCGGCUCCGGUUUCGGCGGCUGCGAAGUCCCCGGCUCCAUCCACAACGACCCCUUCAUCGUCUCGGAAGGCACCGGGCCUGACGCUCCGCGUCUCAAGACCAAAACUAACAACUCCGGCGGUAUCCAGGGCGGUAUCUCCAAUGGCGCUUCGAUCUACUUCCGUGUCGCGUUCAAGCCCGCUGCUACCAUCGGACAGGCGCAGACGACUGCUACUUAUGAUGGCGAGGAGGGUACGUUGGAGGCGAAGGGUCGUCAUGAUCCUUGUGUUACUCCUCGCGCUGUGCCUAUCGUUGAGGCUAUGUCGUCGCUGGUCAUUAUUGAUGCCCUCAUGGCUCAGUAUGCCCGUGAGAACGCGAAGAACUUGCUCCCUCCGUUGCCGCAGACUAUCCCUACUAGGCCUGCCAGCGACCCCAAAGCAACUCCCUCGGCUUAG